AGUAAAGAAAAUUGUUUUAUUAUGGCAUUUAUCCAGAAGACUUAGAUGAUUAUGCUGAAUUAAAUAAAUCUAUUUCAAGUAAUAAUCGAAAAUGCAAUCAUAGCAUACUUAUGAAGACAUAAUCAAGCAUUAUGAAUAUCAUAUAGAUAUUGCAACCAUAAUGUGUCAAGAAGAAUAUAGUGCAAUUAUAUUUUAAUUGUGUGAUAUUAGAGAGAUACAUAAUAAAUAAGAUAGAUAUAUAUAUAAAUUCCCUUUGGAUGAAAUUAUCUAAGAUUUGAUUAAUUAAAUAAACAUAGCAAAAAUAGAAUAUAGUUCAUUAGAAUCUGGAUUUAAAAAGUAAAAAUAGUUAAGAAAUUAAUUCUUUUAAUAGAUGAUUGAAUUAUCAUUGAUUGUAAUAUAAGAAAGAGUUAAUUAGUCUGGAAAGAAGAUAAAUUAAAAGUUUAAGGAAAAUAUUCCAUAAUAUAUACACAUAUUUGAUUCAAUUUAUCCAAUUUGUAUUUGUUAAUGAUAUUAGAAGAGAAGAGAAAAAAAAUGUAACUGUUAAAUUUUAUGGAAGAUAUUUUACAAUAAAGAAGAAGUUAUUGGAUAGAUAAAAGGAAAGAAAGAAGAGAAUGAGAGAAGUGUUUAGAGUUACUGUUAGAAAAGAUAUGUUCUUUAGUGUAUUCAAAGAUGAUUGAAAUAAUGCUUUAUCACAUUAUCAUAACUUUUGUCUAUUAUUCGC